AUGCCCCCAGAUGUUGAUCUUGAGAAAGCCAAGUUAAAAGCUCAGAAAAACAAUGACCUGAGAGAGCAGGCGAAUCUCUGUAACAGGCUUGGAGAAGUCCUGGCAAGACAUGGUGAGUUUGAGGAGGCUAUCAGAGAGCACCAGCAGGAGCUGCAGUUGUCAGAGGCGCUCAGUGAUGUGAUAGGCCGUGCGAUUGCUAACAGGAAGAUUGGAGAAUGCCUGGCUGAGAUUGGGAACUACGCAGGUGCCCUGAAGCAUCAGCGCAGACACCUUGAACUGGCCCGGUCAGUCAGCAACGACAUCGAGGAGCAGCGAGCCUGGGCUACCAUUGGUCGAACGUAUCUGUACAUCUAUGAAACGGACCAGUCGCGUGAGUCGCUGAAGGAGGCAGAGAAUGCAUUUAGGAAAAGCCUGGCCAUUGUGGAUGAGAGGCUGGAAGGUAAGGCUUCCCGCCACGAGUUGAGUGAGAUGCGAGCCAGACUCUACCUGAACCUGGGCUUCCUCUACGACAACCUGAAAGAGGCGGAUAAAUGCAACCACUACAUCUGCAAGAGCGUCUUCAUCGCUGAGCAGAACCAUCUGUACGAGGAUCUAUACCGAGCUAAUUUCAACCUGGGCAGUAUCCACUGGCGCAAUGGCCAACACUCCAAGUCUGUCCGCUGUCUGGAAGCUGCCAAGGAGUGUGCCAAGAAAAUGAAUGAAAAGUUUAUGGAGAGCGAGUGCUUUAGCAGCAUCGGGCAGGUCUUCCUGAACCUCGGAGACUUUGUGGCUGCAAAGCGUUCCCUGAAGAAGGCGUUUACACUGGGAUCCCAGCAGCAGGCAGAGCGAGACGCAGUCAGGAGGAACCUCAAAAACGCUGUGAAAGGCUGCCGAUUGGAAGAAGCUUUAUCUGAACUGGCAGACAAGGAGCAACAGCAGCAAGAGUUAUUGGGUCUGUGUGAACAGCUUGGGGAUCUCUGCUGUAAGGUGGGAUCCUACCGCAAGGCCAUCGACUACUACGAGAUGCAGCUGAAACAUGCCAAAUUGUUGAGGAGGCCUGAUCGGGAGCUGGCUGUCAUUCAUGUCUCACUGGCAACCACCUUCGCUGACCUGAAGGAUUACAGUCAGUCAGUCAAAUAUUAUGAAGCUGAACUGGCACUGCGCAAGGGAAAUCCUAAGGAGGAAUGUGAGACCUGGCUAAACAUGGCAUUGGCUAAAGAAGAAGGUGGAGAAUCCUUCAGCGAGUUGGAGAAAUGUUACCGGAAUGCACUGCAGAUUGCUGAGCAGGCUGAGCUACCCCGACUGCAGUUGCGAUCACUGAAGCUUCUUCACUUGGCACAGCAGAGAAUGGGGCAUCCCGAGGCCAGUGUCACUCUGGCCCAGUUUGAAGACCUAUCUCAGGCCCAGGGCAGUGAGAGUGGGGAUGACAGUGAUACAGAGGAAAUGGAGAACAGUGAGCCGCUGGAAGAUAGUGAACUGGAGCUCUCUGACAGCGAGAUUGUCCGUUUCCUGUUGAACCACCCGGUGAAUGUGAAUGACCCUGGGGGACCCUACUGUGAGGGGAUCACACCACUUCACGAUGCUAUCACCUGUGGAAACUUCGAUGUGGCUGAGCUACUGAUUUUAAAAGGAGCCUCGGUGACAAUGCGCAACGCCAAGGGUCACACCCCGCUGGACAGUCUACACGAGUGGAAUCAGACUUACUGCAAACACCUGGAUCAGGAUACCAAACAGCAGUGCAAACGCAUCGAGAAACUGCUGAGGAGCAGCUCAGCCAGAGAUUUGCAGCCAGUUCAAGUCCUUCAAGACAGUGAACUGUUUGAUUCUGAGAGUUCACAGCCACAGGAGUUAAUCGAAGUGUGUGCUACUGCCUCUAUGUCUGAUCUCCCCAAUGAGCGAGAGAGAGGAUAUCGGCGCAAGGAUAUGGUAGGUCAGUGUCGAAGCAGACCGGAUUUGAGCACAGCUCCUGUGACCCAGACCAACCUGCUCUGGGCUCGGUUACACAGCACUGAUGAUCUGUCUGAUGGCCCUGGCAAGCCUCUAGUGUCCAGUACCCAGAUGACCACUCGCAACCGGCUGGAUUGGUCUGCUCUCGGGGAGGAGGGCUCUUCUGAAGAGGAGGUUCCAGUGGAGCUGUGCCAACCGGUGAAGAAACGACACAGGAUCAUAGGUCAGAUGUCUUCCACAGGCCCAGGACGGACAAACUCUAACAGUGGCCGAUUACCCACUCUGGUUGAUGACUCUGGUUCGAGUCAGGAAGAGGCGAGUGAGUGGCAUUCGCCUGGGACAGGGCAGGAAUGUGAUUUUGAUGCUCCCAGUGUUGGGACAUCCACUUAUGUGCAGGCUAUCCGGAAUUUAGGGAGUGCAAAAUCCAGGAUUUUAUCCCAAUCUUUAGCAGCGCCAUCCGUUCAGCCAGCACCGGCCACCAGGAAGUCGGCGUUGAUCCCAGAUAGUGAGUACACGGAGGACAGCUGGCUGGACGAUGAUCUGGGUAAUAGCCGAGCCAAGAAGAGACCCCGGGAACAGAGACAUGUGGGCAGGGUCACUGACCCAGAGGAGCCUGGCCUCGGUGGCGAAGGUGAUCCCAGUCGGAGCUCACAUCUGCCUGGGAGCCGUGAGAGGACCACUGCGCAGAAAAAACGCUCAAAGCAGAUGCGCAUGACCCAGAUAGUGGACAGGGUGGUGGUCAGGAGGACAGCAAAUGACAGCAACAGCAACAAUGUGAGGAGCACCUCCCUGGUCACUGGUACAACCAGCGAGCCAACAUCAGCUUCCAGCUCACUGUUUCUUGGUGUUACCAGCUCGGUGCUCAGUAACCCGUUGAUCCUGUGCCCGUUCUCUUUCUCUCCCUCUCUCUCUCUCUCUCUCCAGGUUUCAACCCUACAGUUUGCACCUGUCACCCCAGCAGCACCUCCAUCGAUCAGAGUGAGGGUCAGAGUGCAAGAUAAUGUCUUCCUGAUCCCAAUAGCACACAGUGACACUGAGGUACGGACUGUUUCCUGGUUGGCAGAACAGGCCACUCAGCGACAUUACCAAAUGUGUGGGCUCCGGCCCAAGCUCAUGCUGAAGAAGGAAGGGGCACUUCUGUCCCCACAGGAUCCCAUCAUCCAUGUUCUACAAAGCAACGAGGAGGUCCUGGCUGAGGUCGUGUCCUGGGAUCUGCCUCCACUCUCUGAACGAUACAAGAGGGCCUGUGACAGUCUGUCAUUGGCUGUUAAUGGUCUGGUGUUGAGGGUGUGUGAGACCCAGGAGAACAGUCCCUGCUUCCAGCUAUCCAGCCUGUCGCUGACCAAGGAGCACCUGACCCCCCUCCUGCGGGCCCUCAAACUGCAGACCACUGUCCGGCAGCUCUGCCUCUCCGCCAAUCGUCUUGGUGACGAUGCCAUGGAGGAACUGGUGGCCUGCCUGGUGACCAUGCCCAACCUGUCCGUGCUGGACCUCUCCUCCAAUCAGAUCACACACCAAGGCCUGAGGACUCUCUGUGAGACCAGCAGAGUCUCCCAGGAUGCCCCAUUCCAAAGUCUGGAGGAGUUGAACCUCAGCCUCAAUCCUUUGGGUGACGGCUGCUCUCAGUCUAUAGCCUCUCUCAUCAAAUCCUGCCCUCUACUGAGCACGCUGAAAUUCCAGGCCUGUGGGCUCACAGCCAAGUUCCUGCAGAAUUACCGCCUCCUGCUGACAGAAGCUAUGAAAGGCGCAGGGCACUUGAAGACAGUCUGCCUGUCACACAAUGCUCUGGGCUCAGUAGGAACUGAGCUGAUCCUACAGAGCCUGCCUCAGCACACCGUCAGCCAUCUGGAUAUCGCCGCCGUGAUCAGUAACCACGGUGACACUUUGGUAAUGGAGCACCUUGCCAGAUACCUGUCCCAGGGUGAUUGCAAUCUGACCCAUCUUAACCUCUCUGGGAAUCACCUGACUGAUGAUUCUGUCAGAGAUCUGUGCAGGUGCCUGUUACUGUGUCCAUCCCUGGUUUCUCUGGAUGUUUCAGCCAAUUCUGGGAUAACGACAGUGGGAGUGGAGAUGCUGUUUGGUGCGGUGAGAGAGCGGAGCUGUGGAAUGCAGUACCUGAAUGUUUCUGGCUCCUCUGUCCAUGGCCCAUCAAACGUCACGGCCCUCGGAGUAAAGCUUGGUGAGCUGAGGCUCUGCAGCAGCUGUCUCGAUAAGUACGAGAAGGACAGUGUGCUGAGCAGCUGGCAGGAUGGGGUAGCACACAAGGUUCAGACUGUGUCCCACCUCCACAAGUGUCUGAUCAGGGCACUGCCCAGCAGCCUCUCCUAAAACACAGUCCUCCUUUCACACAUGUCGCUGUUUAUAUGUAACUAACAUAUUUUUAUCUGUGCAUUUUGUUCUGAUUGUACAAUAUGUAUUAAACUAGAGAUAUCUACA